AGCCGCCGUGGGCGGCGUCACUGAGACGCGCCAGCUGAGCCUUUUAGAACCCAGUCCGUCUCUACUACCUUGUCCGGGGCUCGCUCACUCUCCCGGUGUCGACCCCGCUUCCAUGUCACCGGUGGACGCAGCACCCCGACACCUUCACGCCCAUGGCCACUAGCCUGAGGAGGCCCUCUUUCACCGCCUGUUCUUCUUCCGCUACCGACACGGACGACGAGGGCGUGCGCGGCACUUGCGAAGAUGCUUCUAUAUGCAAGAGGUUUGCAGUGAGCGUUGGCUACUGGCAGGACCCUUACAUCCAGCAUUUGGUGAGACUGUCUAAAGAGAGGAAGGCCCCGGAAAUUAACAGAGGAUAUUUUGCUCGAGUCCAUGGCGUCAGCCAGCUUAUAAAGGCAUUUCUACGGAAGACAGAAUGUAAUUGUCAAAUUCUAAACCUUGGGGCUGGGAUGGAUACCACCUUCUGGAGGUUAAAGGAUGAAGAUCUUCUACCAAGUAAAUAUUUUGAAAUCGACUUUCCAAUGAUAGUCACGAGGAAGCUGCACAGCAUCAAAUUGAAACCUCUCCUGUCAAAGCCCAUUUUAGACUUACAUUCAGAGGACACACUUCAAAUGGAUGGGCACAUAUUGGAUUCAACAAGAUAUGCCAUCAUUGGAGCAGAUCUCCGAGAUAUACCUGAACUGGAAGAGAAACUAAAGAAAUGUAACAUGAAUACACAAUUGCCAACCCUCCUGAUAGCUGAGUGUGUGCUGGUUUACAUGACUCCGGAGCAGUCUACAAACCUCCUCAAGUGGGCAGCCAAGAGUUUUGAGACUGCCAUGUUCAUAAACUACGAACAGGUGAACAUGGAAGACCGGUUUGGGCAGAUCAUGAUUGAGAACCUGCGGAGACGACAGUGUGACCUGGCGGGAGUGGAGACCUGCAAGUCAUUAGAGUCUCAGAAAGAACGGCUCCUGUCGAGUGGGUGGGAAUCAGCAUCAGCCAUCGACAUGAUGGAAUUGUACAGCAAAUUACCUCGUGCCGAAGUGAGCAGAAUAGAGUCCCUUGAGUUCCUGGAUGAAAUGGAGCUUCUUGAACAACUGAUGCAGCAUUACUGCCUUUGCUGGGCCACCAAAGGAGGAAGUGGACUGGGCUUGAAGGAAAUAACUUACUGAUCUGUUCAAGACUCGUGCUGAGCCAGAGCUGAAGCCACUGACCUUUCCGGAGUUGAGUCUCCGAGUUUCCUGAGUGGUGGUUAGGCCUCGGCUACCAGUCUGCCCCGCUCGCCGAGAGACCUCACUGACUGAGGUGCUUGUACCAGUUCCUGUUCCUGUCGGCUUUUACCGUUUAAAUAAAUCUCAGUUGCCA